CCAACACACUCUUUCCCUAUAUAACCAGUCCAGCCUGGAGAACCUCCUCUUUCCAUUCCAUUCCAUUCCAUUCCAAACCCCAUAGCCACACGCCUCCCACCCUCCCUCUCUCUCUUAUAAACCUCAUCAAAAUUGGGGUUUUUUGGUCUCCUUGUCUUGCAGUUCUAACCAGCGAUUCAAUUGCGUUUGUGAGAUCGAUCGGGGAAGGAAGAGGAGGAGGGAGGAGAAUGGCGGAAGAGCAGCGAUGCCAAGAGGGGCACCGCCCGUGCGCGAACAACUGCGGUUUCUUCGGGAGCCCCGCGACGCUCAACCUCUGCUCCAAAUGCUACCGCGACCACCGCCUCAAGGAGGAGGAAAAGCAGCAGCCGCAGCAAGCGUCGUCGUCGUCGUCGUCCGCGACCGCAGCCGAGGUGGGCGUCGAGGAAUCCCUCUGCGCCUCCUCCUCCUCCUCGCCGGCCUCCUUUGUGGGUGCUGAGGCGGGGGAACCUUCGGUCCUGGUCGCCUCGGCGACGGCCGCCGCGGCGACGGAGACGGAGAAAAAGGGGCCGAACCGGUGCGCGAAGUGCCGGAAGAGGGUGGGGCUGACGGCGGGGUUCCGGUGCCGGUGCGGCGCAACCUACUGCGGGACCCACCGGCACGCGGAGCAGCACGGCUGCACCUUCGACUUCAAGGCGGCCGGCCGCGCUGCCAUCGCCCGCGCCAACCCCGUCGUCAGGGCCGUCAAGCUCCACAAGAUCUGAAGGAUCUCCGCCCCCCGCUCCAUUCGCUUUGUUUCUCCAUCAUCAUUAUUAUCUUUUUCUUUUAACUGCCGGUGGUAAAAAAAUUAAGUGUGGAAAAUAUAAAUAAAUGAUUAUUAAUUAUUAGAUCUUUAUUUAUUCAA